GACGACCAGCUCUCUGCAGCGCAGGACCUCGUCGCCGACCUGACCAAGAACCACGCGGCAGACCUUGAGGCGCCGCCCGCGAUCGCAGCGGUGGCCCUCGCUGUCGACGCGCCCGAAGGCGGCCGCCCGGUCAGCGAGCUCCGCCUGGCGCUCGAGGCGGACCGAGACGACCACGCCGCGCGGUACGAGCUCGCGCAGCGCCUGCUCGUGUCGGGGGAACAGGCGGACGCCAUCGACGAGCUACUGCUCAUCGUGAGGCGCGACAAGGCGUGGUCCGAUGGCGCGGCGCGUCUGCUGCUGCUCAAGGUCUUCGACGCGCUCGGUAGCGGCCACGAGCUGACGAAGAAGGGCCGGCGCCGCCUCUCGAACUUCUUGAACAUAUGA